UAUAAAUUUAAACACUACUGGAGAAGAAGAAGAAGAAGAAGAAGAAGAAGAAGAAGAAGAAGAAGAAGAGUUAUCAUGUCAACAUCUUGCCCAGCUCGCCUCACUAUCUGGCGUAAGUCCUUACUCUUCCAUGGUAAUGGCUACGCUGUGUUUAAUAACUUGGACGGUAGGCUGGUCUUUCGAGUUGACAACUAUGCCUGUGAUUGGAGGGAGGAGACCUUCCUCAUGGAUUCAUCUGGGAAUGUCCUCUUCACCAUCCGACGCCGCAGAAAGAAACUUGGCAUCUCAGGGAGUUGGGAAGCAUUUAGGGGUGAUAAAGAAGAGAGAUUUGGCGGUCGCGAAAAUCAAAAGCCCCUAAUCAAGGUCACCAAGGUUCUGGGGAACCCUAGUUGCAAGAUUACAGUAGCAGCAGGAGACGAGUACCAUAUGGAAUGGUCGCCCAACCAGGGAUGGUCUAAGAUUUACCGAUCAACUACGGGUCUCAUUUCGCCCGUCGCAGAGCAGGUUACAAGGAAGUGCAAUGCAGCCUCAGAGUCCUUUCUUGGGAAAGAUGUGCUUACCCUCACCGUCCAACCGGGAGUCGAUCAAGCUUUGAUAAUGGCUAUGGUUAUGAUCAAUGACGCCAUGAGAUGAGAUGAUGAAUUUCUUGUAGGACGACAAACUUUCAUUUUUGACAGCCAGUUCAGUUAAAUUGAUCACUAAUUUGUUCUGGUGAUCACUAAAUUGAUCACUAAUUUGAUAUAUGAAUAUAUCAUAGAGAGAGAGAACGAGCGCAGUGAUGA